AUGGCGUUCCCCUAUAUCGACACGCCGCGCACCGAAAUCGACGGGAACGCGACUUACCUGACCAACGGUUUUCGCAGUGUGGGACGGACUCACCUCUCAGCACUCGACUCUGUGGAAAACUCGUUCCAUACACCUUCGAAGGAUAAUGAUGUGAUUAAAGGAUUUGGAGACGGGAGAAAACGCGACUCGGCCAGCUACAAGUCCGGCACGCCGCGCGCCGGAACUUCUUCGAAGCCAGCAAGAACCGCGUUAAGACAUCUUCCUGCAGCAGGACCUGCCAAGGGCGAGUUUACACCGCUCAUGAGGAGCGCAACAAAGAACAACUUCUUGAGGAACGGAUCCACGACUCGUGGGAUGGACGACCCGAAGACGCCAGGCUACCUGAGAGAAGGUGGCCGUGGCGCCGCCCAUACCCCUGGGUUACCUACAAUCGACAUGUCUGAUAUGUACGAGGACGACGCGACAACCGAUCAGGCCACUCCAAUUCCUCAGGUUGCCAGCAGCAGUGCCCAGAGCACUCCGCUUCCCGGCCUCUUGGGACGCAAUGGUUCGGGGAUUCUGGGCGAUGGACAGAACAUGACACUGAAAGAACAAGAGCGAAUCAUCGACCGACUCGACAAAGACAACUGGAAUCUGAAGCUAAAAAUCCAUUACUUGGAGGAGCAACUCGAGAAGGCUGGUCCGGAAUACAACAAUGCAGCACUCAAAGAGAACACCGAGCUCAAGGUCUUGCGAUUAACGAUGCAACGCGAUAUCUCUCGAUACAAAAAGAGUCUCCUACAAGCGGAACGCGACUUGGAGGAUUAUCGGCAGCAGCUCGUGGAAAUGAGCGACAAGGCUCGACGAAGGCAGACCGACGAGGAGGCACAACGUGAGAUGGAUAUUAUGCGUGAAGAGGUGGAAUCGCGGGACAAUGAGGUCAGAGAACUUCGUGAAGAAUUGAGACUGCUCAAGGACAGCCAAUCCCAAGAAGUGGAGAAACUACGUGAUGAGGUCGAAGAUUUGGAGGCCACGGUGCGAGAAAAGGAUCGGGCCAUCGAUGAGCGUGACGAAGAACUUGAGGAGCUUCGGGAGAACGGCAAGGAGAGCGAUGCAGCCGCCGAUCUUCAAGCCGAACUUGACCGAGCAAGAGAACAGGUCGAAGAAUUGCAGGAGAGCCUCGAGCAAGCCAGAUCGGAGGUUCAAGAAGCAAACGAAUCCGUGAGGCAGGCCGCGGAUGAGAAAGAUCGAGCUGAAGACGACCUUCGAGAGUUGCAGGACGAGAUGUCGAACAAGUCUGUCAUGACCAAGGGUUUGAGCCGACAAAUGGAGGAUAGAGCUGAGAGGCUUGAGGAGGAAGUGCGUGAUUUGCGGCAAGAGAACAACACUCUCAAAACGAAAAUCGACAGCAAAUCGGAAUCCAUUGCUCGCCUAGAGGAGCGUUAUCACACUAUUCAACAGGACCUAAAGAGUGAUGCCGGCAAAUUAGGCGAGGACCUUGAAUCAGCUCGUCACGAACUCGACUUGGCCCAGAGAGAGCAAGAAAGGACAUCUGCUCGACUCCAGGAAGCCCUCGACGACAUCCGACGUCGAACGGAGGAGAAAGAGCUUUUGCAGACUCGACACCAAGCAUUGACUGACGAAUCGGGCGGUCUGCAAAGCGAGCUGUCUCGAUCGCAGUCUCGAAUUCGUGAGCUCCAGCAAGCCGUUGAAGAGGCCACCAAUCGCGCCCAGGACAAACAAAACCUUCGCUGGCAACAUAAGGUGGAGAUUGAACGCCUGCAAGACGAGAUCGAAGCUCUUCAGCACGAGAUCGAGGAUAAAGAAGGACACUUUGCCCUCGAGCAGGACAGGUGGGAGAGCACCAAGCGAACACUCCAAUCUCAGAAGGAGCGCGCAGAAGAACAAGCUGCGGGCUUCAAACGAACGAUCGAAAUGUUACAGCAGACAGAACACACCCUUUCCGGCAAGGAGCACAAGCUUCAGGAUGCCAUCGAUAGCGAGAAGCAGCGCCAUGUGCAGGAGGAAGCUGUGCUGAAUCGCCAGAUCAAAGAUUUGAGCGACGAGCUCACACAGAAGAGACGUACCAUAGAUGAACAGCGCUCUGAUCUUCUUACCCUGAGGGAGGAACUUCGUGUUUCUCGGCGUGAGGAGCAAUCCCUCAAGGAGAGAGUGCAGGCCCUAGAAGAUGAGGUGGUCGUCUUGCAAUCAAGCUUGGCGGAUGAGCAAGAGUACGCCAAGGGCCGACAGCAGAAGGGGUCUUCUGACGUGGAAAAUCAGUUGCAAAAAGCAAUUGCCGACAGACAGACUCUCCGUGACCAACUUGCUAAUGCUCACGUCGAAUUGCACGACCUGCGAACUUCCAUGGCCGAGAUUGAAGCCGAGCGGGAUGAGCUCCAUGCUCAGCUUGACCGAGGCCAGACUGCCGAUGACACUACUCGAUUUGACCGCGAGAAGGUUGAACUUAGGAGAACUGCAACACGACUGGAAACCGAAUUGAAGCGACUACGAGACGACAAGGAGGCUCUCUUGGAGGCCAAGGAAACCCUCGAAAGGCAGCUCGGCUCCGAAAUUGAACGUGCCACGUCAGAAGAGGGUCGUCUUUCAGCUGAAAUCGAUCGUCUCCAGGACAAGGUGCUUGCAGGCUCCGGCAAUCGGGAUCGCGAAUUGGCUACGGCUAGGACCAAAGUGCAACGACUUGAGCGACGCGUUCAAGAGUUGGAGAUGCUUCUUGAGCACCAGGCUCCUCUGGAGAAUGACCAGUCAACUGCCCAUGGGGACCUGUCGGUUCUUCGCCAGAGCCUGGAAGAGGCUCGCAGGCGCGAAAAGACUCUUCUCCAGCGCGAAGCUGAGCAAAAGGCUUCUGCUCGCGCCUUGAAAUCCCGGGUUUCUGAUUUGGAGCGGGACCUUCAUGACGCUCUCAUCAAUAAGUUUGACUCACACUCUCUGCAAAAUUCUCCAUCUAAUAAGCUUCAUGAAGAGUUGAAGGCUCUACGGAAGCAACUUACGGAUGCGCACAAGGCCCUCAAGGAUGUCAAGGUUAAGAACCGUGAUCUUGAGCGUGCUGUGAUGAGAGAAGAGGAUCAAAAGGACCUACACGAGCUUCUCAAGUCAUCGACCCUCGAGGCUGAGUCCCUGGCACUCAAGGUCUCUGAGCGCGAUUCGCGUUUGAACGAGCUCAAAAACCAAGUCCGCCGCAUACGAGAAGAGCGAGCCUUCUGCGUUCGCAAGGCCGAAGCAGCCACCAAGGACUUGGAAGCCCUGCAACAACGCUAUGAUGAAGCUCUGGAGAAGAUCUCAACUGGCAAAUCGUCUAGCAAGAGCAGACACGAAAAAGAAAUCCGCGGCCUCGGCAAGGAAAUCAUCUGGCUUCGUGCCCGCUUACACCGCGAGGAAAAGUUCCGUCGCGACCUGGCUUGGAGCAAGGGCUUGAUGGAACUUGGUGAACGCGUCCGUGUUGCAUGCAACGAAGCCGACCUCCGUAUGAUUUCCGAUAUGGGCGUUCAAUCUCGCGACCGCAACCCAGUCCGCACUCCACGCCGCAAGCUUCGUUCUGCUAUUUGCCUCGUCGUGGCCGCUGUCCGCAUGAAAAACAUGGGCCAAGACUGGUCCCGGGCCAAGAAGCUAGGCGAAGGCUUGAAACGAGCCAAGAGCGAGAUGCUGAAGCGCCGCGAAAGCUCGAACAAGAGCCUGCUUGCCCUGUAG